UCUCCAAUGUCUAACCGGAGAAGACUUCCUGGCAGCCGGGCUAAUCCAGACCCCAACACUUGUCUGGGAGUGUUUGGCUUCGGUUUACACUCGACAGAGAGAGGGCUUCGUGAAGUAUUUUCUCGAUAUGGGCCAUUGAGUGGUCAAGGUAGGCGAUCGCAUAGAUCUGCUUUGGUGUGUUUUGAGAGAGUAGAUGAUUCCAAGGAGGCUGUGGAGAGGGGAAAUGGAAUGGAGCUGGGUGGUAGAAGAACUCGUGUGGAUUAUUCAGACACCAAGGAUGCAUACACACCUACCCCAGGCAUCUGCUUGGGCAGGCCCACUCAUAAUUCUUACUAUAAUAGAGGAUACAAUGGAGGAUAUGACAGAUACGAAGAUUAUGAUUACCGGUACAUAAGAAGAUCACCUUCCCCUGAUUAUAGUCGAUACUGAUCACGGUCAAGAUCCAGUUCCUGCAGCCCAAGACAUUAUGGAUAA